AUGAAGCUCCAGCUGUUGGUCUCCACAGGGAUCCUGCUGGUUGCUCUCCUGCCCUACCAUGAAUGCAGAGCCCUCGGCAAGAGCCCCCCCGCCGCCGCCGGCGCUCCCCUGCCGCCCGAUUUCCUCCAGCCGCCGCCGAGCCUGCCCGUGCUGCUCCGCAUGGGAGAAGAGUAUUUCCUGCGGCUGGGCAACCUCAACAAGAGCCCCGCCGCCUCCUUCUUCGCCUCCAGCAGCAGCAGCCGCCUACCGCCCGGCGCCCCCGCCACCAACUUUUUCCGAGCAGCGGUGCAACAGCUGCAGCAGCUCCCCGAGCGCUCGCUAGAGAGUGCGGCGGGCCCCGGGGAGGGGGAAGCCGAGAGCCUGCCCCGAGAGGCGAUGGAGAGGGAGAAGCGAUCCGAGGAGCCCCCGAUCUCCCUGGAUCUGACUUUCCACCUCCUCCGAGAAGUCUUGGAAAUGGCCAGAGCCGAACAGUUAGCGCAGCAGGCUCACAGCAACAGGAAACUGAUGGAGAUCAUCGGGAAAUGAAGCGGCCUCGCCUUGCCAAAGAGAUUCUGCAGUUAGCACAAAAUGAUACAGUAUUAUAUACCAUAGUGCUGCUCUGAUGUCAUCUCUUUAUUUUUCUAUAGCUUUAAACAUAGAGGGUGUACGCUGAACAGAGCCCAUGUCCCUUGGUUAGCAUGCACAGCAGUGUAUUCCCGUGCAGUGACGAGAAAAGUGUCAUUUGUAACUUUCCCACCUUUAUUUUUCCAUUUCAAAGUUGUUCUAGUGACAUCGCUACUUAGGAGGGGGACAGCGGAAGAAAGGUUUCAAAGAAGCCGUUGGACAAGAGAGAUACUUUUCUUGUGGGAAAAGGUGUGUGUUUGUGUGUGGGGGGGGAUCUCUGUAAGCUAUUGCGACUCAACUUUUUUCUGUACCAUUUCCGUAAUAAAACAUCUUUUCAGCGCUCGGUCAAUUUUGUUGUGUAAGAGAAUGUUUAAUAUUUAUAUUUUUAAUAAAAGCUGCAAAGUAA